CCGCUUCUUUUCUCCCUCUCUUCCCUCCGCCUCCCUCUUGUAUAACUUCUCUGUUGGUUUCAGCUCACUUUCCGAGGCGCAUACAGACUAUAUGCAUAACAUAAAUUACACUGCAUGUAACGAUAGAUGAUGUAUUGUGUAUUUUGGAAGGAAAUAAACUGCAGGAUAUCACAGCAUGACUGUACAAAUUUUAGAAAACUGUAACUAUUCCUUAUUCAAACAAGUAAAGUAAGACCAAUAUCCAAAGGAUACUAUGUCGGCAUUAUUCAAUAUACCGUAAAAUAAAAAUAAGGGAAUUGAAUCGAAGUCACGGCAUGUUGACACAUUUAAAGACACCGAUGUCACCUGCUGGUAGUUUACUGUUACUGCGGGUUGGACUUCAUUGUCGCUCUCGCGAUAUUUGUGCAUGGACCUCAAACAGGAAGUGAGACAUGGCGUCAGUGUUCGGUGGAGUAGAGGGUGGAGGGACGCACUCCAAAGCGGUGCUGGUGGCAGAAGAUGGAAGGAUCCUGGCCGAGACAGAGGGACCAUCCACUAACCACUGGUUGGUUGGGGUGGACAAAUGUAUUGAAACUAUCAACGACAUGGUCCAAAAAGCCAAGAAGGAGGCAGGGCUGGAUCCAAACAUGGCACUGUGCUCGUUGGGCAUGUCUCUGAGUGGAGGGGAGCAGAAAGCUGCGAUCGACAAACUGAUUGCCGACAUGAAGCAGCGUUUCCCAAACCUCAGCCAGCACUACUUCAUCACCACGGAUGCAAUUGGCGCCAUGGCGACCGCCAGCAAAUGUGGAGGUGUUGUGUUGAUAUCAGGGACCGGCUCUAACUGCAAGCUAGUCAAUCCCGAUGGCUCGCAGAUCGGCUGUGGAGGCUGGGGUCACAUGAUGGGGGACGAGGGAGGAGCAUUCUGGAUCUCUCAUUUGGCGGUGAAGACAGUGUUCGAUGCGAUGGACAACCUGGUUGCUCCUCCUCAUGAUGUUACGCAUGUCAGAAAGAUCAUGGAAGAGUACUACCAGGUGUCAAAUCUGAUGGGCAUGCUGCCGCACCUCUACAGAAACUUCCAGAAGUCCCACUUUGCCGGUUUCUGCAAAAAGCUGGCUGAAGGUGCAGAAGCAGGGGACGCUCUCUGUCAAUAUGUGUUUACUCAGGCCGGGAGAGUCUUGGCAAAACAUGUGGAAGCCGUUUUACCUGCAGCACAGGAGGUAAUAAAUCCUUUAUUUUGUGGUGACCUCGGCCUCCGUGUUCUGUGUGUGGGGUCAGUGUGGAAGAGCUGGGAGCUUCUGAAGUCCGGCUUCAUUGAGGUCUUGGAUGAAGUGGCGUCAUCUGGCAGGUUCAAGGGCCGUUUCCAGGGCUACUGCCUCCUGAUUCUGCAGCAGUCGUCAGCACUGGGCGGCGCCAGUCUUGGGGCUCAGAGUAUUGACAAAACGUUAACCAUGGAUUACGACGCUAAUGCCAAAGUCUUCUACCGACACACUUUUAACAGCAUCCAAUGAGAGUGCAGCUGCACAGUCUGUGAUUCUUAACCAAUCAAUGUUCAGCUAAAGGGAAGUUUUAUUGUACAAUAGAACGUUAUUAGCCUCUCCUAAUGAUAAUAAUGAUUGUGUAAUAAUGUGGAGCACUUGAUUUUUUCUCACCACAAAUACCAAGGAGGUGGUUGAACAUUUUCCCUAUCUGCAUAAAGGCUAUAAUGGCAAUUCUGUUUACAUUUAUUUUAUUUUGUAAAUCUUUGCACUUUCACAAUACUUGUUUACAUUUGACAUAUAUAAUAAAAUAAACUGUUAAUUGUUAACAAACAACU